GUCAGUGAAUGUGAGUAGAGGAGCUGCUGCUGCCACGCUGAGCUCUACUGAGCUGUUCCUCCUCCUCCAGCAGCAGCGGUAGCAGCGGGGACAGUAAUGGCAGGAGGGAGGAAGAGAGGAGCCGCCGCUCCGGCCGGGCUGUCCGCUACUCUGGGCUCGGUGUGGAGAGAUAAACACCUGGUGCUGUUUAAGGCGGAGUACACCGGCCUGGUGGCGGCGGUGCUGUGGGUCCUGGAGAUAGCCAUCAACCUGUGGGUCAUUCAGAAAGUAGCGUAUACGGAGAUUGAUUGGAAAGCCUAUAUGGAUGAGGUGGAGGGAGUAAUAAACGGUACCUAUGACUACACCGAGUUGAAGGGAGACACAGGACCUUUGGUGUACCCAGCAGGCUUUGUGUACAUAUUCACAGCGCUUUAUUACAUUACGGACCGUGGGCUGAAUAUCAGGCUGGGUCAGUAUGUGUUUGCUGUAUUCUACCUCAUCACCCUACUGCUGGUCUUCCGCAUCUACCACCGUACCAAAAAGGUUCCACCGUAUGUUUUCUUUUUUGUGUGUUGUGCAUCCUAUCGGAUCCACUCCAUCUUUGUGCUCCGCCUCUUUAAUGACCCUGUGGCCAUGAUGCUACUGUUUGGAGCAGUCAACCUCUUCUUAGAUGCACACUGGACAUUGGGCUGCGCUCUCUACAGUCUAGCUGUGUCUGUGAAGAUGAACGUGAUGCUCUUCGCUCCAGGACUCCUCUUCCUCCUCCUCUCAGAGUUUGGACUGAUAAAGACUCUGCCCCGGCUGAUGCUGUGUGCUGUCAUCCAGCUUUUGCUUGGUUUGCCCUUCCUCUUAGUGAACCCAGUAGGUUACAUGAGCCGCGCAUUUGACCUGGGUCGCCAAUUCCUGUUUAAGUGGACCGUAAACUGGCGCUUCCUACCAGAGGAGAUUUUCCUCAGCAGGUAUUUUCAUCUGGCCCUGCUGCUCGCUCAUCUUACCACACUUGUCUUCUUUGCUCUGAGGAGAUGGAAGAGGCCUGGGAGCAGCAUUUGGGCUCUUUUGAAAGAACCAUCUGAAAGAAAGGAGACUGCACAGAAGCUCAACUCUGAUCAGAUUAUAACAGUGCUGUUUACCUCCAACUUCAUCGGCAUGUGUUUCUGUCGCUCGCUGCACUACCAGUUCUACGUCUGGUAUUUCCACACCCUGCCUUACCUGCUUUGGAGUGGCGGGGUAAAGAAGCUCGCCCACCUGCUCAGGGUGUUGAUACUGGGUCUAAUAGAGCUUUCAUGGAACACGUACCCCUCCACCAACUACAGCUCUAUAUCUCUGCAUGUCUGCCAUCUCAUCAUCCUGCUUUGUCUGUGGUUUAACCCCAACCCAACACCUCAAACAGAGUCCCAAAACAAAGCCAAACGCCAAUGAGCACUGUCCAGCCUGAGCCCUCCCUAUACUGGACAUCCUGGGCUCUCUAUGUCCAACUCCAUGUCUGCUCCUACCUGCAUUGAUGCCACUGCUCUGGACAGACGUGAUCCUGCAGGGGGUUCAGCCUGUGACAUCCAGGUUGUCCUAGUGAGCGGCGAUGCUGGUUCAGUUGCCAGUGGGAAAGUGCCAGAUCUGUGGUGGGGAAAAAACAAAGCUUCUCAGGAUUUUAAAAGGAUAAAAGUGCUGAAGGACUGCUUAAGUCUUGUACUUAAAUGGAAAAAUGUGAACAUAUUGUUUUCUCCUGAACAUGAACUAGGCCUAGCUGUGGGCUAAAUCAAAAUGUCAAUUGUGAUUAACUGAUAAAAAAUGCUUUUAUUAUCAAUGCAGUAGUAUGACCAUCUCAGUAUGCAGCUAUUAUUAUGCUUAUCCAGUUUUUUACACAUCAGCCGACAUUAAAACUACAUUUGUCUG